AUGAACAUUCAUGAGGCAAGGGCAAGGGAUGAAAAGCGCAUAUACGAAAACCAAGAUAAGGGGACAGCUUUGAGAAUGACGAGGAAGUGCGUCAGUCUCUGUGCGGGUUCUUGGUCUGAAGUACAAGACGGAAGUGGGUGCGGAUACACCACAAACCCUCCUUUUGUUGAGGAACGGGUUUCAGGAGGUUCCACCAAGACAUGGUUGAAUACCGGUGGAUUUUUGGCAGAGUACCGCGACCUGAUCCGGCCCUCAAGUGAUUUUCAAAAUACAGGUGAUCAACCACCAAAUGAAAAUGAACGAAUCAAAAAAGGCCACGACAAUGACGAUGAAGAUGGAAAUGACAAUGACGAUGAGGACUACAAUAUCAAUGAGGACAACGAUGAUGAUGACAAUGAUGACAAUGGUCCAGGCCGAUCUUCAGUUGCUGGUAGUCGAAGCCCUGCUGCUAAACCAGAAAUUCCAGCAAUUCCGAUGCAUCUCACUGGUCAACAAUUACAAACCUUCAAUGAGCUGUCUAGUAUUCUUGAACUCAAUGAAGAUUAUAAGGUCAAGGGACGUGAGCUCUGCAAUGUACACGAGAAAUCAGACCAUUUCACAGCCAUGAUGGUAAACCUGCUUGCAUCUCAAAAAAAGCUUGAUGAUUAUCACGAGUUUGUUACCAGCAAGAUCACCCAAUUACUUGAAAGUUUAUCAUCGGUAUCAGGCCCAAUGAAGGGGUGGAACCCGGCCCACAAGCUUAGGCAAACUGUACGUAUGAUAGCCACUCAGUGCAUUAUCACAGGUGAUGUUCAAGCAUACAUGGCUACCCGGGACAAGCAAGGCAAUCAAGAGCAUCUUCCCCUCUCUCUGUCUGCAAACGUUUUGGAUAAAAUUCUUGAAAAUCCGUCUGAAUGGAGAAAAAGAUUGCUUCCAGCCCAAUAUGGCAGAAAUCCGGACCCUGUUGAAUCAAAAGACUUUCACAAGUGGCUUAAUGUCAUUUUGAAAGAGAUCAGAAAGGAUCUGAAUAAAAUCCUCCUCACCAACAUCCACAUUCCAAAUCGAGCCGAGAAAACACCGUCCCUCUUGAACGUGCCAACCAUUGAGUCGAUCAUUAUGAAGACUCAUAGUUCGAAUAUCAAUAGAUCUAUGAAAGAGAACACGACUUUAUCAGAGGCAAAAGCUCGUUAUGCGUGGCUUUAUUACCACAACCAUUCGUUCUGGGGAGUUGUAGACGAUAAGUUGGAAGACUUGCGCACUAAGUCUGUCCGUUAUCGUUAUGCGACCUUUACUGAAAUCAAGGGAACCACCGACUUUGCGUUGCCAAGUGAAGAUGAGGUUCAAGCACAAAUCAAACACUUAGAUCAGACUCACGGAGCUGUUAUAGAACAACCAGAGGCCUCCCAUCAAGAGCCCGAGUGA